AUGGGUUCCAGCGCAUCACAAGAGGAUACGGAUCCCUUGUUAGAGAAUGAUGAAGAAAUUCAUCCUAUUUUUGAGGAACUUAAACUUGUGCUGAUUGGAAGUAAUGGAGCUGGAAAAAACACUAUUGCUAAUGCCAUCUUUGAAAAGGAAGUCUUCACAUUCUGGACAUCUCAUACAAGUGUCCACAUCAAAGAGACUUGCACAGCAUCAGGAAUGCAGAUUCAUUUGGCUCGCACACCAGGCUGGAAUGGAGACUUGAAGUCGACCAUCAGCACCCUAGAGAGUCUGCUUACUGUUCAGCUGUGGGAUCAUACCAUAGUGAUGUUCACCAAUGGAGAAAAACUGGGACAUUACAGCAUUGAGGAUCAUAUCAGAAUGCUGAUUUCAAACAUCCGCCCUGGUCAAACUCAAGACAAACCCAAAUUAACUGUAAAGCCCCAGAGUUCAGUGUUCACUGGAGACACAGUUACUCUGAGCUGUGAUGUGGGACAGUCAACGGGACGAACGAUUAUCUGGUACAAAGACUUCCAGACAACAGAAACUGGUGAUCAAACAAAAACACUGGAAAAUGUGAAUGUUUCUGAUGGAGGAAAAUAUGCAUGUGCUGUAGAAACAGAGACAACACAAAGCCAACGAGUCAUGCUAACAGUAAGAGAGAGACCCAAGCCUGCAGUGCGAGUUCAGCCUGAUGGACGUGUGUUCAGAGGACAUACGGUCACUCUCACAUGUGACAUACAGGAGACAGACGUCAGCAGCUGGAGCUACAGCUGGAAUAAAGAUGAUUCAGAGAUUCAUGUCAGUCAGUCACAGGAAUACAGAAUCAGUUCUGUUAAUGAAUCUCACACGGGUAAUUACAGCUGUACUGGUAGAGAAACAGGAAGAUCACGAUACUCACACACCAGUGAUAAAGUUACACUGACCGCAUCAGGUGAGAUCUGGACAGGUCUGGAAACUCCAUUGCCGGGUCUUCUCAAACUGCUCAGUUUUCUGCUGGCAGCUUCUCCAUAUCUGCUUGUGUCCAUCAUACUGGGAGUCAAAUGCUACAGAGCUCAUGUUCAGUCUGAUGAGAUCAAAUAUACUGUUACAGAGGAGUGAAGGUCUGCAGUCCUGACAAACACUACGUUUGUCUCUUUUUCAACAUUAUUCAGUUAAAUUUAGCCUAUUUUUUUGGACAAAUUAGACAAAAUAAAGGCUCAGAUGAACUAUGCCUAAACUACUGCA